AUGGGUGUUGAUAGGUGUCAAACAAGAUACGGAUAUAAGGAGAUUAACUUCCCAUUUCAGCUCAAAAAUCAACCCAAUGAAUACCGCUGUAGGUACCCAGGUUUAGAUGUUUCAUGCAAUAACCAGACCGACACCAGCAUCGCAUUUCCCUCUUCCGGUAACUUCACCGCUCAAAUAAUCGGCAAUGUUGAACAAAUUAUCGAAAUAGCCGAUCCAAACGGUUGCCUUGCGAAACGUCUCCUGGAAGGAUUCGAUCUCUCUGUACUGAAAAUAAUUACACUGUGGCAAUAUCCGUGGAUCGACCCGAUUUGUUUCGUGACAUUUUCGUCGUGUCUGGAAAUAGCGACGGUUUCGGUGUCGUCGCUGCUAAAUUGGGAAUAUCUUACUGAUACGAUGUGGCUAACGUGGAAUGAACCGGAUUGUAAAAGGUGUUUAAAAAGUGGAGUUUGCAAGUACAACAAAAAUACAGGCUUCGACGAUGGAUGCUCAGUUGAUUUGGAUCCAGGUUCUUCAAACCUUGCCAAAUAUUUUGCAAUUUUUUUGGCGGUUAGUGUCUUCUUCAUUGUGGGGCUUGUAAUUUGCAUCUCAAGGAUGAAGUGCUGCCUUCAUAAAUGGCGAAACACCAACACUGAAACAUUCACCUAUGGCUCAACCAUCUUACAAUCAAACGCUGUGAAAAAGGGUUUGGACCAACGAGUGAUCGAAAUAGUUCAUUGCUAUGAUCAUGGCCAGCACCCAAAUGUUGAAAUCUUCAGCUUGAGUGCAGAGCAGCAAUUAUCUUCUGUUACUAUAAAUGGUCUCGAUAGUUCAAGGAUAGAAACCUAUCCAAUUACAUUGCUUGGUUAA